UUAGGACAUUCACAAGGAUUGAGAAGAAUAAAAGAUAAGAGAAGAGGACGUAUGAGCUAAUCGAAGAAGAUGACAUCCAAUAUGCAUUUGCUAAAACCCUCUUUCUCUCCUCCUAAAACCCUACCCAGAUACUCUUCAUCUCCAUUCACCGCUUUCAAUUUGCACCUAAAACCUCGCCGGAAUUCCCUCUAUAUUGGCUCAAAGCCCUUCAAUGUCUACCCUUGUAAAGCUGCUGCCUCCACUUCCAGUUCCGAUUCUAACUCUGCUGGUGAUGAAACUGAAUCAGCUCAGCAGCUGUUUGAGAAACUGAAGGAGGCAGAGCGUGAAAGGAUAAAUAAUUUAGAGGAGUUUGAAAGAAAGGCAAAUGUUCAAUUAGAGAGGCAGCUUGUGCUGGCUUCAGAAUGGAGUAGGAAAUUGCUGGCCAUGCAGGGAAAGCUGAAGGGGACAGAGUGGGAUCCUGAAAAUUCUCAUAGGAUAGACUACAGUGAAUUCCAAAACCUUCUGAAUGCAAACAAUGUGCAGUUUAUGGAGUAUUCGAACUACGGACAGACAGUUUCAGUGAUUCUUCCAUAUUACAAGGAUGGAAAAACAAAUCGUUCAGGAGGGGACACUAAAAAGGAAAUUGUUUUCAAGCGUCAUGUCGUUGACCGGAUGCCAAUAGAUAGAUGGAAUGAUGUUUGGAGGAAGUUGCAUCAACAACUUGUAAAUGUUGAUGUGUAUAAUGUGAAUAACAUCCCUGCUGAAGUUUAUUCUACUGUCGCGACAGCAGUUGUGUGGUCUAUGCGGCUGGCACUUUCAGUUCUAUUGUACAUUUGGAUUGAUAAUAAGAUGAGACCAAUUUAUUCAAAAUUAAUACCUUGCGAUUUGGGCAGCCCUCCCAAAAAGAUAAAAGAGCCACUCAAGCAGCGUGCCCUUGGUUCAUUAGGAAAAAGCCGUGCAAAAUUCAUAUCAGCAGAAGAAAAGACUGGUAUAACUUUUGAUGAUUUUGCUGGCCAAGAAUAUAUUAAGAGAGAACUUCAAGAGAUUGUUCGAAUAUUGAGGAAUGAAGAAGAGUUUCAAGACAAAGGGAUUUAUUGCCCAAAAGGUGUGCUUCUCCAUGGUCCUCCUGGAACUGGCAAAACACUUCUGGCAAAAGCUAUAGCUGGAGAAGCAGGAUUACCUUUUUUUGCUGCUAAUGGUACUGAUUUUGUUGAGAUGUUUGUUGGUGUGGCUGCUUCACGUGUGAAGGAUCUCUUUUCCAGUGCUAGGUCAUUUGCUCCUUCUAUUAUUUUCAUUGACGAGAUAGACGCAAUUGGCAGCAAACGUGGUGGACCAGAUAUUGGUGGGGGUGGUGCAGAGAGGGAACAAGGGCUUCUUCAGAUACUGACAGAAAUGGAUGGAUUUAAAGUGUCAACAUCACAGGUCUUAGUUAUUGGUGCAACCAAUAGAUUGGAUAUUCUUGAUCCUGCCUUGCUACGGAAGGGUCGUUUUGACAAGAUUAUUAGGGUUGGUUUGCCCUCAAAAGACGGUAGAUUGGCCAUAUUGAAGGUGCAUGCUCGGAACAAAUUUUUCCAGUCAGAAGGGGAAAAGGACACUCUAUUGCAGGAAAUUGCAGAGCAAACAGAAGAUUUUACUGGAGCUGAACUUCAAAAUAUAUUGAAUGAAGCUGGAAUUUUGACCGCAAGGAAAGACUUGGACUAUAUAGGACGAGAUGAACUCCUUGAGGCAUUAAAGAGGCAAAAAGGCACAUUUGAAACGGGUCAAGAAGAUAGUACUGAGGUCCCUGAGGAGUUAACACUAAGACUAGCUUACAGAGAAGCUGCUGUUGCAGUUCUUGCUUGUUACCUUCCAGAUCCCUACCGACCAUUCACUGAGACGGAUAUCAAAUCCAUUCGUAGUCACCCCAAUAUGCAAUUCAUGGAGAUUGGAGGCAGAGUGUUUAAAAGGAAAGCAGAUUAUGUGAACUCAAUAGUCCGUGCAUGUGCUCCCAGAGUAAUUGAGGAAGAAAUGUUUGGAGUUGACAAUCUAUGCUGGAUCUCUGCAAAAGCAACUUUAGAAGCUUCCAGGCUUGCAGAAUUUUUGAUACUGCAGACAGGGUUGACUGCCUUGGGAAAGGCUUAUUACAGAUACCAGAGAGAUCUCUUACCAAAUCUCCCUGCUAAAAUUGAAGCACUAAGAGAUGAGUACAUGCGAUAUGCCGUGGAGAAAUGCUUAUCUAUUCUAAAGGAGAACCACGAUGCUGUAGAGACAAUUACAGAUGUGUUACUUGAGAAGGGAGAGAUCAAAGCCGAUGAAAUUUGGAGCAUUUACAAAAGCUCACCUAAAAGUCCUCAGCCUACUGUGAGUCCCAUCAAUGAAUAUGGAUCCCUUAUAUAUGCUGGACGGUGGGGAGUCCAUGGAGUUUCACUUCCAGGGAGGGUGACGUUUGCACCUGGAAAUGUUGGAUUUGCAACUUUUGGUGCACCUCGACCUAUGGAGACCCAGAUAGUUAGUGAUGAAACAUGGAAGCUAAUAGAUGGCAUAUGGGAUAAAAGGGUCGAGGAAAUGAAAGCUGCUGUAUCACUAGAAACUGAAGAAGACGAGGAGAAGCCAAAACUUCUGAUGGCCAGUCAUUUCCUAUAGAUCCAAGUAUCCGAUGCAGGCAGGCUGCUGCACUCUUCAAUCAUUGUUUGUUCUAGAUAUAAGGAGCCAAACACUCACAUUACUCGGAGAAGUUUUGACAUCAGUAGCAUAUU